CGGGAGCAUCGGGCUGCGGCCGCGCGGCUGCUGGGCGCAGAGAGCGGCGCGAUGUCCAGCGCGGCCCUCAGGCUGGCCGGGCGGCGGCUGAGCCAGCGAAGCGCACCCGGAGCGCCGGUCCUCCUGCGGCAGAUGUUCGAAGCCCGGAGCUGCACCUACACCUACCUGCUGGGCGACUGGGAGGCGCGGGAGGCCGUCCUCAUCGACCCCGUGCUGGAGACGGCGCCGCGGGACGCCCAGCUGGUGAAGGAGCUGGGGCUGAAGCUGCUCUACGCGGUGAACACGCACUGCCACGCUGACCACAUCACCGGGUCAGGGGUCCUCAAGUCCCUCCUCCCCGGCUGCCGGUCCGUCAUCUCCCGCCUGAGCGGGGCCCAGGCUGAUGUGCACGUCGAGGAGGGUGACACCAUCCGCUUCGGGCGAUUUGCUCUGGAGACCCGGGCCAGCCCUGGCCACACCCCAGGCUGUGUUACCUUCGUCCUGAAUGACCGAAGCAUGGCCUUCACUGGAGAUGCCCUGCUGAUCCGAGGGUGUGGACGGACAGACUUCCAGCAAGGUUGUGCUAAGACUUUGUACCACUCUGUGCAUGAGAAGAUCUUCACGCUUCCGGGCAACUGUCUCAUCUACCCGGCUCACGAUUACCACGGGCUCACCGUUUCUACUGUGGAGGAGGAGCGGACUCUGAACCCACGGCUCACCCUCAGCUGCGAAGAGUUCAUCAAGGUCAUGGACAACCUGAACUUGCCCAAGCCGCAGCAGAUAGAUGUCGCUGUUCCCGCAAACAUGCGCUGUGGGGUCCAGACUCCACCUUCCUGACUGACACAGCCAGCUGCUCAUAUCCGUUAAGAAUGCACUAGGUGGGGGAGGGGAGGGGUGUGACCCCUGAUCCCACCCCACCCCCGUCAGCACUUGAGCAUCUUAAAUAAACUCCACUUUAGUUUUGGCACAAA